GCUUCAUUAUAUGACCGGUAGCCACUCCGGGGAAGUGACAAGAUGGCGAUGGUUCAAUAGUGAAUUUUAACUCUGUUUCUGUCGUUUUUUUUUAGUAGUUCUAGUAGUUGUAGAGUUUCUGUUCCGUUCUUCCUUGAAGUAAUCGUGUUUUUAGUCUAGAUAGAAUGAGUGCCAAACCGGGAACACUUUGGAUCGGAGACCUUGAUCCACACAUGGAUGAAUUCUUUCUUAAACAAGCUUUUACAUUAAUGGGAGAAAAUCUUCUUCAAGCAAAAAUAAUUAAGAAUAAAGUAACUGGGAUUCCAGUAGGAUAUGGAUUUUUGGAGUUUGGAGAUGAUCAGACUGCUCAAAAAGUUUUACAUAGAUGUAAUGGAAAAGUUAUACCUAAUGCCUCACCACCAAAAAGGUUUAAGUUGAAUCAUGCCAGUUAUGGGAAAGAACACCUUAAUCAGAAAGAGCAUUCCUUAUUUGUUGGUGAUUUAACUGCAGAAGUUGAUGAUCUUGCGUUGUAUACUGCAUUUUCAUCUAAAUAUCCAUCUGUUAAAACAGCAAAAGGUAAGAAUGAGUUAAAUUUAAUAACUUUCAAUUUUUAAAUUGUGUAUAUUUCA